AUGACGGGGGACGGUCCGGAUGCUCUUCGGGGGAUGGAGUCUAGUCCUUCAGGGCUUCAGGAGAAAAAGGGCACUCGACAUUCUCUCAAUUCCCCUACACCCGCGGUUAUUACCAGGUCUGAGGAGUAUUUGGCUCGUGUCAGCACAGAACUUGCCAACGAGGCCCUAAUGGGAGCCCAAUAUCCAACGAGCCCUGACCUGACCAAGGAACUGAAAAAACUGGACCAGGGAACUCAGAUGUCCCGACACGUGCUGCCAACCACUCGGACCAAGGGCACAGAUACUCGUUCUGACAGAAACAGGACCAGAAACAAGACUCAUCUCCUGCCAUCCAGAGAGAUGGUUGACGAUUUUAAAGACGACAAGGUAAAAUUGCUGAAGUCAAAAGAGAAAGACCUAUCCCAACAUAAACAGGUAGAGACCGUUCGGCAGGAGGAAACUCUGGGUGGAACCAUGUUUCUGAGUAAUAGACGACCUGCUCGCCGGCCCCCUACAGUCCCAGAAGGCUUAUCUUCUCUUACCUCCAGAAAAGAACAAGGAAAUGUCAAGAAUGUGGCUCAAGGUCCCACUCUUAGUUCAUCUGACAAACCUCAGGAGGGAUUCCUGGCUAUGAGCGUCAUCGUCCCUGAGGCCCAAAGACGAUCUCAAACAAAAAUAACAUUCUGCUUCACCCCCUUCAGCCCGGCCAUGACACCAUUGGGAAACAGAAACUAAUAAAGAGACGGGGAUCCCCGCCUUCCCCUUCCCCAA